AUGGCGUCGCGGGCUUUGCUGUCACGGGCAAGCAGGAUCAAGACGAAGCUGGAGGCGGCGCUGCAAGCCGCCUUAUUGGAGGUGGAGGAUGUGUCGUACCAGCAUGCCGGCCACGCUUCCGUCAAAGACAGCGGCGCAACCGAGACCCAUUUCAACGUGAAAAUUGUUUCAAGCAAAUUCGAGGGCCAGACACUCGUUAAACGACACCGUAUGGUGUAUGAGCUCUUGUCGGAUGAACUCCAGUCUGGAUUACAUGCCCUGUCUAUCACUGCCAAGACUCCCAAAGAAGCCGCCGUCAAUAUUAAGUAA